AUGGAAGCUACGAGUUAUGAUAAAUUCAAUUCUGUUUGGAGUACUGAUCCUCCCACAAAUAAAGGUGAUUUGCGUAAAGAAACUGUAGUAACAGAACAAGGACAUGGAAGCACAAACAAUUCAAGCACCCCUUCAUCAUCAUCAUUACAAUCCCAAAAUCCCUUGGUACAGAAUGAUUCAAAAAAUGACAUUGUAGAAGGUAAUAAUAAUAUGAGCUUCAAGAACAUUGGUAGUUCUAGCACAUGUCAUUUAUCAUCCACAUCUGAAUCAUCAUCACUAAGGAAUGAUCCCUUAAAAGGCACAGAUAAAGGUUCUAAAUCUUCUAGUCAAGAAUCAAACCAAGUUUCUACAAACAAUUCAAGCACCCCUUCAUCAUUGUCAUUACAAUCCGAAAACCCCUUUUUGAAUGAUUCAAAAGAUGACAUUACAGAAGGUAAUAAUAAUAAGAGCUUCAAGAAUAGUGAUAGUUCCAGAACAUGCCAUUUAUCACUUACAGCUGAAUCAUUAUCACCAAGGAAUGAUCCCUUAAAAGCCACAGACCAUGGUUGUAGAUCUUCUAGCCAAGAACCGAACCAAGUUUCUACAAACAAUUCAAGCACCUCUUCAUCAUUACAAUCCCAAAACCCCUUUCUGAAUGAGUCAAAAAAUGAUAUUAUAGAAGGUAAUAACAAGAAGAGCUUCAAGAAUAUUGACAGUUCUAGCACAUGCCAUAUAUCUUCCACACGUGAACCAUUAUCAUCAAGGAAUGAUCCCUUAAAAGCCAUAGAUCAAAGUACUAAAUCUUCUAGCCAAGAACCAAACCAAGUUUCUACAAACAAUUCAAGUACCCCUUCAUCAUCAUUACCAUCCCAAAACUCCUUGCAGCAGAAUGGUUCAAACAAUAACAUUAUAGAAGGUAAUAAUAAGAGCUUCAAGAAUAGUGAUAGUUCUAGCACAUGCCAUGUAUUAUCCACAUCUGAACCAUCAUCACCAAGGAAUGAUCCCUUGAAAGGCACAUGUCAAGGUCCUAAAUCUUCUAGCGAAGAACCAAACCAAGUUUCUACAAAUGCCACCAAUAAAAAAACCAAUGUAGACACUUCAGACUCUAGUGAUGAUGAUGACAAUGAUGAUGAUAAUCACACACAACCAGAAUCAUCAGCUGCAGCUUCAAAUGAUGAAUUUGGCUCAAUGAACAAAGGGUUAGAACUAGAAAUACAAAAGCCUGCAGGGCAAGUAAUGGAGCGGCCAGAUUUAAGCAUCGAUGCUAGCUCGUCUUAUGUAUUUCCACCACAUGUGUUUGCUAAGAACACCACAAAUGCCCAAGCAGAUUGGAGUCUUGCCUCCAAUGAAUCACUUUUCAGCAUUCACAUGGGAAACAUGAGCUUCUCACAUGAAUUGGCUUGUUUGAGCAGAAAUGAUUUUUGGAUUGAUACUCCUCUUGCCUCACCUCUUGCCUCACCUCUUGCCUCACCAAGUCAACCUCAACCACCACCACUGCCACUGCAAACGCCGAGUAAAUUCAAUGAUAUAAGCCAAAGAGCUGCUGAAAUACAUGAAGAGAGUGCAGGAGUAAGUGAAAUGGCUAUUGAGACAAUGAGAGAGGUUAUAAUGGAAACUUGUCAAAACAAACCAAAUGCUACUAAACGGGGCAAAAAGAGUAAGAACACACCUGUUGUUGCUGCUGCUACUGCUUCUCAAUUAUCAACCGAUCAAGAUCAAAAUGUAGCAUCUAAGAGCACUGAUGAGAAUGCAGAUAAAACUGUGGCAAGUAACGAUGCUAAGGGGAAGCAGCAACAACAACAACAAACAUCAAAUGCAUUUUAUCAAUCACCAAAGCCAAUGAAAGCAUCUAGGGAUGCUGAGGAGGAGAAUCAAAAGAAACAAGAAGCACCAAAUGUAGUUGAAGAUAACUCCUCAAAUCCACAAACCAUAAAGAACCCUCCUAAAGCAGGAGGAGGAGGAUGGCUGUUUUUUGUGACUGCGUUGUCAAGCUUGCCUCAAAAGAAGUUCUUACUUAGUGAUGACAUGAUAAUAAUGAAUAUUGAGGUGCUUGAUAAUAUAGCAGAUGUGUUUCCUUCAUUAAACUGUCGAGAAGCUCCGUUUUGCAAAAAACUAGGUCAUUACAAACAGGGGUCAAAUGUCGAGGAUUCUAAUGAUGGUAUGAUGCAAGUUGAUAUUGAAAAUCAUGAGAGUUCUGCUAUUAGAGACCCGAUGAUGGAUCCCUAUCAAGUUAACUCUGAUGACGAUGAAGAUGUUGAAGCUGAACUAACAAAAAUUUUAGAUGAGAAGGAGGAAUAG